AGGUGUCCCGACUUGUGUGUUCAUAGCUGCUUGACAAGAAACUUCUUCCCUGGCAGAGGCUGGUUAAUGAAAUGCGGAAGUAAUAACUUCCCGCAUCAUGCGCAGCAAGAACUCCCAAACCAGGGCCACGAGGACAUGAACAAAGUUCGCGGAGUUUGUAACUGGUUCUACGUCUGAUGGAUAUUAGCCAUCUUCAUACUUUAGGUUAUAUUUUUAAUUCCUAAAUACAUUCACCAGGAAGCUGCAACAAGUUGGCCAACAAAAACGUUGCACCACACCCAGACGGUUUAAAGUACCCCAAAAUGGUUGAAAAUGAGGAAAACGCCCCACCUUCUAAACUGCAACCAGCUGCACAGGAAAAGAAGAUGCAUCGUGUCCAUUCUUUUCAGUGGCGAUGGUCUAACCAGGGAUUCAUUACUGUAACAUGUGAUAAAGAUGGAACUGUUGAGCGCUCACUGAAUACAAGUGUACAGUUUAAAAAACUUGCAAAGAAGUUCAAAGAUAAAGAGCUUGUUAUUAUAAGAGAAGGAAAAGCUAUAAGUUCACACUUUCCAUGCGUUUUACUGAAAAACAAAGAGCGUCUGACUGUGAAGUUUGUGAAAGCUGUAGGCAACCCAAAGAAACCGUCUAGAGCUCCAGAGCGUGGCUGUAGGACAAAGACAUCUUGUGAGUUAGUGACAUUUCAUGUGUUGGCAAAGGGGGGUAAAAACAUAGUUAAAAUCAUGGAAAAUCCAGCACUAAAAGACAAACAUGAAAUAACUGUCUUUGCAUACAAAGGUGAAAAAGUAAAACAAGCUCUCAGAAAAGAUGGACGUUUCCAAAAGGCCAUCUUUAAAAAGAACUGUGCGCUCUUUCACAGAAGCACAGAAGUAAAAACUGAACUGUCCAGUCUAGUUGACGACCUUGAUGGUGAAACUUAUCAGAUUAUACUGCUUGAUAAGUCAAAUCCACCAGACAGUCAGCCAGGCAGUCUUGAUGAUGCCUAUGUUGUGGCAAAUGAAACUGAGAGUCAGUCUGAGUCAGGAAAUGGCAGCGUGCAGAAAAAUGAACCAGACCUUAAUGGUAACGUGGAACCAGAGAAAACACUACAGGAAAUGCCUUGUUCAAAAAAGACACAGGACCUGUUGUCCUCGCAGUUUACUCAUUGUGUGAAAAACCUAAAAACCCAAGCUCGUAGGCUUUCUCGCAUCCAGAAUCUGCUCCGCGUGGAGUUCGGUCAGAACGAUCAGAUGUGCAGGGAAGUGAAAACCAUGAAGAAACUGAUGGAUCUCAGUAGUUCUGUUUGUCAGGUGAGGGUUAAUGGGAGGCCUGUUGGAAGUGGCUUCCUGUUGUUUUUCAGGUAUGUCCUGACCAACUUUCAUGUUAUUAAUGAUAUUUACAAAAAGGGAAGGUUUGUCGGGAAGGUUUCUGUUCAUUUCUCAUAUGAAAGUAUUGAGCAGACUGGUGGAGGGUUCGAUGUGGAAGAUGUUGUUGGCUUCGAAUACUGUCUUGAUGUGUCCGGGCAUGACUGGGCUUUGUUGAGGCUCAGUGCUGAUGAGACAUUACCUGCUGGUCUGUUAAAACACUUUGGCUUCCUUCCCCAGCGUGGAGGGAUCUGCAUCAUUGGGCAUCCUGAAGGCGGUGUGAAAAAAAUAGAUCCAUGUUUGAUUGUUCCCCUUCCAAACCGCAACAUGGUUGUGGAGAGGCAUUACGGUAAAAAUCAGACGCACGUUCAAUGGAUAACUUCGGCUUUCUUUGAGGGUGUGAAAAGAUCUGUUGAACAAAACACUCUGACUUAUGAAUCCUGUUUUUAUUUUGGCUCCUCUGGCUCUCCUGUUUUCGAUGUGGAUUGCAACGCUGUUGCAAUGCAUACUGGUGGAUAUGUCUACCCUGGAAAAAACGGUGAAAACCGGAGUGUGAUAGAGUUUGGCCAGUCUUUGUCUGACAUAAUGGAACUCCUCAUUAUCCAGCUGGUGGAAAAAGAAAAGUUGGAUGUGUUGAAGGAAUAUCUUGCUUGCAGUUACACUCAGCACCAAACCAUUAUGGAGGGUGUGAAGAAGCUGGUCGAGAGCAGAAAUCUCAGCGCAUUUAAAAAAGAUGCCAGCAGUUUGGAGGACAUGGAUGAGAGUUUAAAGUUGUUCUUUAAUUUUAUCUCUCUGAAAGAGGAACCUGUCCCCAUGGAGAUUGAGUGACAAUUAUAAACAUGAUUAAAAAAAAAAAAAGUUUUUUUUUUCAUUCAUUUUUAUUUCAUUUUCAUGGUAAAUAUCUGAUCAACAUUUUUAUCUUGUUUUAAGUUUUGGUUUCAGUUUUAGGGUAAAGGUUUCCUAAUAUCCAUUUUAGCUCUUGUUUUAGUUGAUGCCUCAGUUUUUAUUUGUUGAUUAGCUGCAAUAUCAUGUCACCUUUCUAUAUAUAAAUAGUACUUUGAUUCCGAAGUUUGAUGCUGAAAACAAAAAGACACUCUCCAUCAAAGUACUGUUAUAGCUGAUAUAACGGAGGGAAUAAGUUUGGACAAAUAAGGCUGUAAAAUAUAUCAUUUAACUGAAGAAAACAUUCAGUUUUUUAAUAAGUGAUCACAAUAUUUUAUGUUGAAUGUGUUAUACCUGAAAAGACAUUUAUGGUCCUGUAAGACUUGUGUAAGAAGCCUGUGGAGUAUUCACAUUUAUAACAAGAUCAGAAAUAUGUUUUUGGUGCUAAUGAUAGUGUGUGUUUACUUAUUUUUAUUUUACACUAACAUAUUUAGAUUUUUUUAUGCCCUUUUUUGCAUUUGAAACAUCAAGUCUUAAAAGUAAGACUGUCUCUUAUAUGCUUAUAUGAAAUAUUGCAGAAUUUUGUCCAAUUGUUUCUAAUGUUUACUGUUUGAAAAUGUUGGAAUUUUAGAGGAGUUUUAUAUGGUUACAUGAAAGAAAUACGGUUUGUGAACUGAUAUUCAUGUACAAUUAAAUAUUCACUCUAAAACAUGAAGUUGGAUGUUU